UCCCGUUCUGACAUCCUCCUAUCCCGUUCUCACAUCCUCCUGUCCCGUUCUGACACCUCUCACAUCCUCCUGUCCCGUUCUGACAUCUCUGACAUCCUCCUAUCCCGUUCUGACACCUCUGACAUCCUCCUGUCCCGUUCUGACAUCCUCCUAUCCCGUUCUCACAUCCUCCUGUCCCGUUCUGACCUGCUGCUGUCCCGUUCUGCCGUCUCUGACCUGCUGCUGUCCCGCUCCCCGAGGUUGGAGGGAGGAGCCCGGCAUGGUUGAGAACUCUCCGGCCCCGCUGCCAGAACGGGCGAUCUAUGGAUUUGCGCUUUUUUUGGGCUCGUGGUUUGGCUUCAUUUUGUACCUCAUCUGGGCUUAUAUUCCUGAGACUUGGCUGUUCUCCCUGGGACUGACAUACUGGCCUCAAAAAUACUGGGCAGUUGCUCUGCCAGUUUAUCUCCUGGUGACUGUGGGAAUUGGUUAUAUAUUGCUUUUUGGGAUUAACAUGAUGAGCACAGCUCCACUCAACUCCACUCACACCAUCACAGAUAAUUUUGCCAAAAAGCAGCAGCAGAAGAAAUUCCAAGAGGAGGCAAUUCCAGCACUGAGGGAUAUUCCCAUCAGUGAAGUCAACAGGAUGUUUUUCCUCCCUGAAAAAGGGAUCUGCAAUAGCAGAUAGUUGUCAUUAAAAUCUCUUUGGACAAAGGAUUAAUAAAACUUACAGAGGGACACUUAAAACCUCUCCAAACUAAAAAUAAAAACUCUUCCAGCUUUUUCCCCCCUGAAUUUCUAAUUAAAUUUAUUAUUACUAUUAUUAGUAUUAUUAUUAUUACUAUGCAUUUUAAUGACCUGCAUUGCUCUGAGAAUUAUGCCCCAAUAAUUUAUCUGGUUAUUGAAAAAAGUGGGUUUAAAAGUGUUCUGUUACUUGCAGCUUUCUGCUUGGAAUUCCCCUCUGAGAGGUGAAAAAAGCAGCUUUUAAAGAGAGUUUAAUUGUAUUUCUCUUUAAAUUCAGGGAGAGAAAAUGUGCUUUUCCAGUCAAACACUUGAGGAUCUUUUUUAAAUUAUUAACUGGAAGUGUUUGCAUUGUAAAUAUAUUACUUGCCUCUGUAAAUAUUAAUAAACUGUGGCUGAUUUUUCCAUGCUCACCAUUUUCCUGUGGUUCUGGGAGGUUUCUCCUGGGUUAAGGUGAACAGUGCCCCAUUUUCCUUCACACAAUUCAGCCAAAUCUGUUGAUUCCCCCACCCCCCAAAUUAUUAGAUUUACUGAGUUACCAAAAAUAAUAAAGGUAGGUGAAGACUUGCUGAAACAAGUCUUGAAAUUACUUUUUUGUUUUUAAGAAUACUGAAAAUGAAGCUGGAAAUACAGGAAGUGACAGGUCCAUGCUGUUAAAACCCAAAGUUAAGUGGUUCAGAUAUUUUUUAAACAGUGAAUUUUGCUUUUUUUUUUGUUGUUUAUUUCAUUUCCCCAAGUGUCCCAAAUUCAGGUAUCCCCAAUGCUAUUUAGAUCUAUUAUAAAGCCCAGUGAAUAGAACCUCAUUAUUUAUUAAGCCUGUAACCAACUUCAGCAGAUAAUUUAGUUUAAAAUGUUAUUAUUUCAUUAAAAGACAAUAAAUUUUUGAGAAUUUGUGUGAAAAAUCUUAUGCUAAUUCUUUAGAAAUCUGUUAAAAUGAUCAUCAGUUGCUCUGGAAAGUUUUAAGACUUGCUAACAAUCACUUUAAUAUAAAUAUAAACCUGUAGUUGCUUGGGUUUUCUGCCUGAAUUUGAAGGAAAAAUCUCCGUGUUCAGUAUUCCAGGUAGGAUUAAAACACUUCCUUAUGGGAGGAAAAAAUGCUUUCCAACAUUUCACUUUGAAAUACUGAAUAUUUGGUGGGGACAUUGUAUAAAAAUGAAAUUGUGUCUAAAUUAGCACAGCACUGAUUUGUGUGGUGGUUUUAACUAUUAAUGAAGUUUGGGGGUUUAUUUUGCUGCUGUUUCUCAACCCUGUCCUUUUAUUAAUUUUCAUUAAUCAUUUAAUUUCCAUUAAACCGUGAUUUU